CUUUGAUUUGACUCACAAUGUAUUACGCAGAAUGGAAGCAAGUGACAUUUGACAAGCUGUUAGUGGUGAAAGAUAAAUUUGAUGAAAUGUGUUCGUUACUGUGCGUUCUUCACACGAAGUCCUGAAAGCGAAGUUUCAUAAGAAGAUGGCUGUGUCCACGACAGACAACUCUGCAGUGACGGCAACAUUGCCAGUUACAGUACAGGGAGUCAUCAGUACAACAUUUGGACCAGGAAAUGGAACUUCAGGAGUUGCACAGCCAACUACAGCUUCAGUUUUGUCAGCUAUAACAGGAGCAGCAGUUAUGAGUGUCCAAAAUGAGGCUGCACCUAUCUUUCUGCAGACCAAAGCUGCAAAAGGAAUUGCUGGGGCUUUUGUUUGGGCUGCACUUAUCCUCACAUGCCAUCAGAUAUAUCAACACCUUCGGUGGUAUACCAAUCCUGCUGAACAGAGGUGGAUUGUAAGAAUCCUGUUCAUUGUUCCAAUAUAUGGUUUUUACUCAUGGGUCAGCCUUCUCUUUUUCAACAGUGACAGUUACUACAUAUAUUUCUUCACUGUUAGAGACUGUUACGAAGCAUUUGUAAUUUACAAUUUCUUGAGUCUCUGCUAUGAGUAUCUUGGAGGAGAAGGCAACAUCAUGAGUGAAAUAAGAGGAAAGCCAAUAAGAUCAAGCUGUUUGUAUGGGACAUGCUGUUUGGUGGGCAAGACAUAUACUAUUGGGUUUCUAAGGUUCUGUAAGCAAGCAACAUUACAGUUCUGUCUUGUCAAACCCCUUAUGGCUUUUGUUAUAAUUUUCCUACAGUCUUUUGGCCAUUACCAUGAUGGUGAUUGGAGUCCCGAUGGUGGUUACUUGUACAUCACGAUCAUUUACAAUUUCUCUGUCAGUCUGGCAUUGUAUGGGCUCUUCCUGUUCUAUUUUGCAACAAAAGAUCUGCUCACUCCCUUUGAACCUGUGCUGAAGUUCUGCACGGUGAAGUCUGUCAUCUUUCUGUCAUUUUGGCAAGGUGUCCUUUUGGCUGUUUUGGAGAAGGCAGAAGUUAUUGAUCCAAUUGUGAACACUAAUGGAUCACAAGCAAGUGCAGGCACGGUCUCUGCAGGAUAUCAAAACUUUCUCAUUUGUAUUGAAAUGUUCUUUGCUGCUGUUGCUCUGCGUUACGCAUUUCCGUACCAAGUAUAUGUACAGGGCUGCAUAACGGAUUCCAGGGGGCGCAGUGUCACUAUGCAGAGCAUCUCUAGCAGUCUCAAGGAAACAAUGAAUCCAAAGGACAUAAUGACAGAUGCAAUUCACAAUUUCCAUCCACAGUAUCAACAGUAUACCCAGUAUAGUUCAGAAGUUGUUUCAAGUCAGCCAUAUGAGAAACUUUGAGCCAGUUUUAUCUGAACUUCACUAAGCAUUCUUUGUGGUCUGCCAACGCCUGCUUCAUGAAGAUCUGCAUGUCACUGCUUGCAUGCAUUUUCUGGACUGUAAACAUAGCAUGGAAAGAAACCUACUUUGUACAAGGCUUUCUGAUUUAUUUUUACCCACUGUGAUUAAUUUCAUUGCUUGUUCUUAACCUUAUGCUAGUAAUAUAUGCUGCUUGUUUGUAAAAAUCUAUCUGCGCUGACCUGUACACAGCAACUCUAUUCAAAGUAUUAUUUUUAUACUCUCUGGGUAGUUUUAAUGUUGUUCUGCAUGUUGAAAGUGUUGUCCAUGGCAUAGUAUUAGUGACCAUAAUAUAGCUGAUUGUUGUUAAAAGAAAUAUAAAACAUUGUCCUUCCCAUAAUCGACAAAUUUAUUAUGCUAACACAAGGAAA